CGGCGCCGGCUGCGUGAGGCGCUGCCCGCUCCGCCGGCCGGGGGCUCCUGUGCCGCUCUCCUGCCGGCAGCUCCCGCCCGGCGGAGGGGGGCGCGGAGGGCUCUCCCCGCCAUGGCCUUCACCUUCGCCGCCUUCUGCUACAUGCUGUCGCUGGUGCUGUGCGCCGCCCUCAUCUUCUUCGCCAUCUGGCAUAUAAUUGCCUUCGAUGAGCUUCGGACAGACUUCAAGAGCCCCAUCGACCAGUGCAACCCAGCCCAUGCAAGGGAGAGGCUGAGGAAUAUUGAGCGGAUUUGCUUCCUCCUGCGAAAGCUGGUGCUGCCGGAGUACUCCAUCCACAGUCUUUUCUGCAUCAUGUUUUUAUGUGCUCAGGAGUGGCUCACGCUGGGGUUAAAUGUUCCUUUGCUUUUUUAUCACUUCUGGAGGUAUUUUCGUUGCCCAGCAGACAGCUCAGAGCUGGCCUAUGAUCCACCUGCAGUCAUGAACGCAGACACCUUGAGUUACUGCCAGAAAGAGGCCUGGUGUAAGCUGGCCUUCUACCUCCUUUCCUUCUUCUACUAUCUCUACUGCAUGAUCUACACUCUGGUGAGCUCUUAACUGAAAGAUCAUCACUAAGGACUGAAAACAACAAAGGCUGGAGGUGCAAGGACGAGUGAACCAAGGGAUGCAUGAUUAAAACCAGCAAAGAGGAAAACUUUGAACCCCAGCAGUAAAUACGGUACAUGAAAGAGAGAUCCAGCAAAGAGAAGCAGAAUACCAUGGGAGAAUGGCUGAGUUAAUUCUGUUUGUCUCCUGUUUCUCAAUGUCUUGCAGCAAAUGAUUUUCAAAACCCAAGCAAAGAAAAAAAAUUGCAACAACGUGGACCAAAUUAUACAACUAUUCACCUUUCCAGGGAUAAUGCUGCUUGGUUUAGUGGAUUCAUUAAAACUAUAAUGCCUGUAGUCCCUGCUGUCUUCCAGGAAGCAACAUUCCUUUUCUUAAGGACUAUUCUGGACUGAGGAAGCACAGGACAAGAUGAUCUUACAUGGAAAGAAGAGCUGUACAGCAUUCUGAAAACAAGCAGUGAGUGGACUUUGGAUGGAUAUGUGACUGAACUGCAGGGCUGUUCUCAUGACACUAGUCAAACAGGGAUGUCAAGUCUCAUGGAACUGCUUCAGUGGUUUUGGUUUGUUGGGGUUUUUUUUUCCCCCACCAAAACAACAAUGCCAAAAGAAUUUGCAGUUUCAGUGUUCUGUAUUCUAACUAUAUGCUAUUCCUGCAGGUGAACAUCCAGUAUAUUUCUGUACUUCAUUUGUGAUGCACCAACACCAUUCAGUGAGAUGUAGAAAUACAUUUGGUUUAACCUAAUCAGGCCAAGCACUUAUCAGAAUAGUGUUCCUCUGACUGAAAAACAAACCCAAACCAGGUAACAGCUGCAUAUAUUUAAAGAGGAUUGUAACAUAGCUAUUAUAUUUAUCACAAUGCUGGAUAGUAAAUACUGGACCAGCUAAUUGUGGUCUGUAAUUCUGUUUUGCAGUUUUACUUCUGCUGUAAAAUUUAAGCUGGAACAAAUACACAAAAUGUCUUUGUCUUGUAUGAGGUUCCUAUUGGAAGAUGUUCAGUUUUUUUAUAAUUUAAAAGUUUUAAAAUUUUGUCAUAGAAUUCUCAUAUGGGUUCAUUUAUAUGGGCUGCAUAUCUUUAUACAUAUAUAUGUAUAUACAAAUACAUAUCUGCAUAAAUAAUCACAAUCUA